AUGGAGAUUGAGCAGGUAAAGUGUGAGUGUUGUGGACUCAAAGAGGAUUGCACACAAGACUACAUCAGUCAAGUGAAGGCCAAAUUUGAUGGGAAAUGGUUAUGUGGGUUGUGCUCAGAAGCAGUUAGAGAUGAGGUUAGCAAAGGCAGCAACAAGUCAUUUGGUAUGGAAGAAGCUGUGAGAGCUCACAUGUCAUUUUGUGGCAAAUUCAAAUCCAACCCUGCAGUUAGAGUAGCAGAUGGGAUGAGGCAGAUGCUUCGGAGAAGGUCAGACAUGUCCUCAUCACCAUCUUCUUCCUCACCAAAGAAGUAUACAAGAUCAGCAAGCACAUCCCAAGUGGGUGAUUCUUCUUCUUUCUCAUUGUACUAA